AUGAGUUCUCCAGACUUAGUUAAUCCAAGUGACUCGGAGAAUAGCGUGCACUCAAAUGUGGAUGAGCAACCCGGAGAAAAGAACUCUCCAUAUGACGAUCUUACUUCAAAAAAUGAAAGAAAUGACGCUAUCUAUACCAUUAAGGAGGUCUUACCAGACUGGGGCGGAAAGAAGUGGUAUCGAGUUCGUCAUAUUCAGAAAUUGAGUCUUAUGAUAUUUAUUAUUUCCUUAACCUCAACAAAUAACGGUUAUGAUGGUAGUAUGUUCAACGGCCUUUAUGCCAUGAGCUCUUUUAACAAUGCCAUCGGUAACGUUAGUGGUGCUACUUUGGGAGCACUAACUAAUGGUAUGGUGUUCGGUUGCUUCAUCACAUUUCCCUUUGCCCAAUGGAUGAUAGACAACCUUGGAAGAAAGAUGUCCUUGCACAUUGCGAAUAUUGUUAUGGUUGUUGGUGUGAUCAUCCAAAGCUUUUCUGGGGCUUGGAUUAAGAGUAUGCCAGCUGACUACGCAAAGAAAGACAUUUUUGGUAUGUUGCUAGGUGCCAGAAUCAUUCUAGGUGCUGGAAACAACAUUGGCGUUGUUGCUGCACCUACUUUGAUUAGUGAAUUGUCAUAUCCAACCCAUAGAGAUACUUGUACUACAUUUUACAAUUGUUGCUGGUAUUUAGGAGCUACAAUUGCCUCAUGGGUGUCCUACGGUACGAGAAAUAUUCACAAUGACUGGAGUUGGAGAGCAGUCACAGUUAUUCAAGGAUUAUUCCCCUUGCUUCAAAGUUUAUUGAUUCCAUUUCUUGUUGCAGAAUCUCCAAGAUAUUUAAUCUCAAAGGGUAAAUUUGAUCAGGCAAAGAGCGUUUUAAGAGAGUAUCAUGCAGGAAACGAUCCAGAAGGUGAAGCAUUGGUUGACUACGAGAUGAUGGAGAUUCAGUUGGCAAUUGAUCAAGAAAGAGAAGUCUCGAAGCACUUUUCUUACAGAGAUUUCAUUAAGACUAAAGCAAACAAGAAGAGAUUAUGGCUUCUCGUCUGGACUGCCAUUUUCAUGCAAUUGAGUGGCAAUGGUCUUGUGUCGUAUUAUUUGGCCAAAGUGUUAGACUCUAUUGGAAUAACUUCAGAAAGCGAGCAGUUGGUUGUUAAUGGUGGCUUGAUGAUCUAUAACUUGGGAGUUUCUGUCCUCGUCGCUUUCUUCGUCAUUCCUUAUGUGAAAAGAAGACACGCAUUCAAUGCCUGCUUGAUUGGAAUGCUUAUCUGCUAUAUUGUUUGGACAAUUCUUUCUGCUAUCAAUCAGCAGAGAAACUUCAAUGACAAACCGUUAGCUCAAGGUGUUCUUGCAAUGAUUUUCCUCUUUAAUGCUUUCUACAAUCUUGGUUUGAAUGGACUACCUGCAACGUAUAUUACGGAGGUGCUACCAUUCUCUCUAAGAGCUGGUGGUGUCAAUCUUUUUCAGAUUGUUCAACAAGUUGUGAGUGUUUAUAAUGGUUUCGUCAAUUCCAUUGCUAUGGAUGCUAUUGAAUGGAAAUACUACAUCGUAUAUUGCUGUUGGUUGGGAGUAGAAUGUGUUGUUUGCUAUUUCACCUUCAUUGAGACUAGUGGAAGAACUUUGGAAGAGGUUGCUGAAAUUCUUGGCGAUGGAUCUGCUGGAAUGAGAGAGACCAGUGGUAUUGCCGCUUUAGAAGCAGAACGUGGUCAAAGUAAGGAGAUCAAAGCCAAGCAUGUUGAGAAUGCCUGA